CCCAACCUCUUUGUGGCUUUUGAAGGAUCUUUUUAGGCAUUUGAUGUUUCAGCACACAACUCUGUGGAAGCCAUCAAACAGAUGGUAAAGAAUUAUUUCCACAGUCCUCUUUCUGAAGACAAACAAGGCAGAUGGUAGCUAGAAUUGAAGUAUGCUGGAGCUGCCCUCAGGAACAGUUGGAGCCUGUCAGACGUCGGAAUGUCUUUCUGCUCAACUCUCAAAUGCUUCAGUAAGAAAGAAGACAAGCCAGCCCUCUAUGUGUUUAAUGCUGUGACCCAGGAGAUGAUGCUAAUAAUGGAGAAUGUGUCUACUCUGGGUAAAAAGGUGUCUGACCUGAGAAUACUGGUGAGUCUAAGGUGUGGCUUUCCCAUGAGGGUCUACUGUCCCCGGACACCAAUGGGACUGGAGAUGUCUGACGGCAACACCCUCAAGGACUACCAGAUUGACAUUGGCACAACACUUCGUUUGGAUGUGUGGGAUGGAUGGAAGGAAUUUCUCACAGGAUGUCUUCUUGGGCAAACACCUAAAGUCCAACGAUUCUUAUCAAAAGAAGGACCAGUACUCAAGUACCAGAAGAGGGUAGCCGCCCUGUACAUCGCUGCUCUUCAUGGACACACUGAACUCACCGAGUGGGCUCUGAAGCAGGGCAUGCAGCCCCAUGAGGCAGUUGGUGUUCACCCUUAUCCAGCCUGGUGCCACAAAGCCCUUCACACAGAUGUCUCUAAUUGCCCCAUUCACGCAGCUGCAGAAGCUGGCCAACUGUUAAUUCUGAAGGCCUUUGUCAUCUGCAGUGUCCUGUGCUUGGAAUGUAAAAACGCAGCAGGGCAGACUCCCCUAGCCAUUGCUGCAAGAUGCCAGCAUAAAGACUGUGUGUUGUAUUUACUGGGUAAAAGGCUGUCCACAGUUUCUUUUCUAAAGCUUUCAGUCCUAGUGAGGAUUUAUAUUAAAAUAAAGCAGUGGAUCCUCAGAGCUCAGAGUUGUGGCUGCCAUCAAAGCCAACUUGACAGAGGAAGGGUAUCUGGGGCAAAGGUUGGAGACACUGUGGUGGUGGAUGGUUUCACUAAGCAAAAACGGACAUCCAAGAGCUGCCACAAGGCUGGAGACAAGAGCUGGCAAAGCACUCGGAGCAAACUGACACCUUGCAAGCAACAGGCAGGCAGGAAACCUAUCGAUUCUUUAGUACUUUCGCAAAGGGACAUCAGCAAACAAACACAUCUCCAUCCUCAGUAACCACAAACAAGUGCUCAGAAUUCCAAAGCCAUCAAAGAAAAAAACCAGAAAAAUAAAACUGCCCCGGCGGAGAGGAAAGAAAAGCACAUAAAAAAUGCCUGUCUCCCCCAGGUCCCGCUCCCUCCAGUUUCAAGAGUAGAGUAUUCACACCCACUGUUCCACCUGCACUUCCUGCCCCCCAAUGCUGACUGUUGGCUAAAGACCUUCUUCACAUCUUUCUCAGAGCACAGUGGGAGAACUCGAGAGAAUGCCAUCUACUGCUUAGCUGUGGCAAGGCAAUACUUUAAAGAGAAACGAUGGCUACAGCAGUUAGGAAUAGCAAGAGUCCUAGCCAAAAUGAACAUUUCUAACCUGACUGUCCAAGGAGGUCCAGCGAAGUGUGAAAACCUUCUGGAAAUUAUGCUUUGA